AUGGCUGACAAGUCUGGUCCCAUGAUAGCCUCUGUGCCAAAUCUCACCACUGCCCUUUGGGAGCCCAAUCCUACGGUUCCUCCCGACGUGGGCGUUGUCACAAGCUCCCAGUCACAGGUCAAAGACCUUUUCGGGUUAUUCUGCAUGGUGACCCUUAACCUCAUUGCUUUGUUGGCCAACACCGGUGUGAUGGUGGCCAUUGCCCGUGCUCCUCACCUCAAGAGGUUUGCUUUUGUGUGUCACCUUUGUGCAGUGGACUUGCUGUGUGCCAUCCUCCUCAUGCCUUUGGGUAUCAUAUCCAGCUCAGCAUUCUUUGGCACAGUGGUGUUUACUAUUCUGGAGUGUCAGGUUUACAUCUUCCUCAAUGUUUUCCUCAUCUGUCUCUCCAUUCUCACCAUCACGGCCAUCAGUGUGGAGCGUUACUUCUAUAUCGUACACCCUAUGCGUUAUGAAGUCAAGAUGACCAUCAACCUCGCUAUUGGUGUCAUGCUCCUGAUCUGGAUUAAGUCAGCCCUUCUGGCUUUGGUCACACUGUUUGGAUGGCCAGCUUAUGGACACCAGAGCUCUAUAGCUGCAGCUCACUGCUCUCUCCAUGCGAGCCACAGUCGUCUAAGAAGCGUAUUUGCUGUGCUCUUCAGUGUGGUCUGUUUCCUGGUUCCUGCCGUGAUCAUCUUUGCUGUGUAUGGUGCAGUGUACAAGGUAGCUCGUUCUGCUGCCCUGCAGCAAGUCCCUGCUGUGCAAACAUGGGCAAAUGCAAGUCCUGCUAAGAAUCGCUCCGACUCCAUCAACAGCCAGACCACCAUGAUCACUACCACCCGCACUCUGCCCCAAAGACUAUCUCCAGAGAGGGCCUUCAGUGGAGGAAAGGCUGCUCUCACUUUGGUAUUCAUAGUGGGUCAGUUCUUUGUUUGUUGGCUGCCCUACUUCAUAUUCCACCUUCAAAUGUCUCUAACGGGCUCCAUGAGCAGCCCUGGGGACUUAGAGGAAGCAGUCACCUGGCUUGCCUACUCCUCCUUUGCAGUUAACCCCUUCUUCUACGGCAUGUUGAAUAGGCAGAUAAGAGAAGAGCUGGUGAAGUUUCGGCGCUGCUGCUUGACCCAGCCGGCAGAAUUUGGGACGUCCAGCCACGAGGGCUCCCUUCAGGAGAACUUCCUCCAGUUCAUCCAGAGAACCACAAGCACAACUGAAAGCCCACCCAGUUGUACCAACUCCCGUCCCAAAAACACUGUGGACCAGGGGGUGAAGAUUCCUGGACAAAUACCUGAAGAGCACGCUUAG